GAAAAGGAACGUCGCGGGGGCCGGGAGCUGUCAGAGAGGAGGGGUGGGGGGGAGAGCGAGGAGGCUCUCGGGCACGCGCUUGCGCUCCCGGCCGGGUUCGGAAUCAGGCACGUGGGCCCGGCGCAGCCCGGGAAGGGGGUAGGGGCGGUUCGCGCCAGACUUGGACUUGAAGCCCAGAGGCCCGAGCCUGCGACCGACCCGGAGCAGCUGCGUUCCCCCAGCCUGCUUGCCUACCUGCCUGCAGCCCCUGACCCCGCGGCAGUACUGUCCAACAUUUUUACUGAACGGGAGAAAUCGAAAGAAAGAGAAAAAAUGUUUCCUUUGAAGGAUGCAGAAAUAGGUGCCUUUACCUUCUUUGCGUCUGCUCUGCCACAUGAUGUUUGUGGAAGCAAUGGCCUGCCUCUGACCCCUAACUCCAUCAAAAUCUUGGGACGCUUUCAAAUCCUCAAGACCAUUACCCAUCCUAGGCUUUGCCAAUAUGUGGACAUUUCAAGAGGAAAACAUGAGAGACUGGUGGUGGUAGCUGAGCACUGUGAAAGGAGCCUGGAAGAAUUACUCCGAGAAAGGAAACCUGUGAGCCCUUUGAAAGUGUUAUGCAUUGCAUUUGAGGUCCUCCAGGGGUUGCAAUAUAUGAACCAACAUGGAAUGGUCCAUCGAGCUCUGUCCCCUCACAACAUUCUGUUGGAUCAAGAGGAACAUAUUAAACUGGCUAAAUUUGGACUUUACCACAUGACAGCUCAUGGCGUUGAUGUUGAUUUCCCAAUAGGGUACCCAUCCUACCUGGCACCUGAGGUCAUUGCACAAGGAAUCACCAAACCCAGUGACCACACACCAAGUGAAAAGCCAUUGCCUUCUGGCCCCAAAUCUGAUGUAUGGUCUCUUGGAAUUAUUUUAUUUGAACUUUGUAUGGGAAGAAAGCUAUUUCAGGGCCUGGAUAUUUCUGAAAGGCUAAAGUUUUUGCUUACAUUAGGUUGUAUGGAUGAUACUAUAACAGUCUUGGCUGAGGAACAUGGUUGUCUGGACAUUAUAAAGGAGCUCCCAGAAAAUGUGCUUAGUCUCUUGAAGAAAUGCCUCACUUUUCACCCUUCUAAAAGGCCAACUCCAGAUGAGUUACUCCAGGACAAGGUGUUCAGUGAAGUGUCACCUUUAUAUACACCCUUCCACAAACCUGCCAGUCUGUUCUCAUCUUCUUUGAGAUGUGCUGAUUUAACUCUGCCUGAAGACAUCAGUCAACUGUGUAAAGAUGCUGACACUGAUUACCUAGCAGAAAGAUCAAUUGAAGAAGUCUAUUACCUCUGGUGUUUGGCUGGAGGAGAUUUGGAGAAAGAGCUUGUCAACAAGGAAAUCAUUCGCUCCAAACCACCUAUCUGCACCCUCCCCAAUUUUCUGUUUGAAGAUGGUGAGAGCUUUGGGCAAGAUCGCGAUAGGAGUUCCCUUUUGGAUGAUACCACUGUGACAUUGUCUCUCUGCCAACUAAGAAAUAGACUAAAAGAUGUUGGUGGAGAAGCGUUUUACCCCUUGCUUGAAGAUGACCAGUCCAAUUUACCUCAUUCAAACAGUAAUAAUGAAUUGUCUGCAGCUGUCACUCUUCCUUUGAUCAUCCGAGAGAGGGACACAGAGUACCAGCUCAACAGAAUUGUUCUCUUCGACAGGCUCCUGAAGGCUUAUCCAUACAAAAAAAAUCAAAUCUGGAAGGAAGCCAGAGUUGACAUUCCUCCGCUCAUGAGAGGUUUAACCUGGGCUGCCCUCCUGGGAGUUGAGGGUGCCAUUCAUGCCAAGUAUGAUGCCAUCGAUAAAGACACUCCAAUUCCUACUGACCGACAGAUUGAAGUAGAUAUCCCUCGCUGCCAUCAGUAUGAUGAGUUGUUGUCAUCCCCUGAAGGCCAUGCAAAGUUUAGGCGGGUGUUAAAGGCUUGGGUCGUUUCCCAUCCAGAUCUUGUGUACUGGCAAGGCCUUGAUUCUCUCUGUGCUCCUUUCCUGUAUUUAAAUUUCAACAAUGAAGCUCUUGCUUAUGCUUGUAUGUCUGCUUUUAUUCCAAAAUAUCUGUAUAACUUCUUUUUGAAAGACAACUCACAUGUCAUACAAGAGUAUCUGACGGUAUUCUCUCAGAUGAUUGCAUUCCAUGACCCAGAGCUGAGUAACCAUCUCAACGAGAUUGGCUUUAUUCCAGAUCUCUAUGCCAUUCCUUGGUUUCUCACCAUGUUUACCCACGUAUUUCCACUACACAAGAUAUUUCAUCUCUGGGAUACAUUACUGCUUGGCAAUUCUUCCUUCCCAUUCUGCAUCGGAGUGGCCAUUCUUCAGCAACUACGAGAUCGGCUCUUAGCUAAUGGCUUCAAUGAAUGCAUUCUGCUCUUCUCUGACUUACCAGAAAUUGACAUUGAGCGUUGUGUCCGUGAAUCGAUCAAUUUGUUUUGCUGGACCCCCAAAAGUGCUACUUAUAGACAACACGCGCAGCCUCCCAAACAAUCUUCUGACAGCAAUGGAGUGAGGAGUUCCACGCCUUAUUUCUCAAUUGACUCUCAGGAUGCUCCCAAGACAGACUUGUCCAGAGAAUCUAUCCAGCUGAAUGACCUGAAGUCAGAGGUGUCGCCACGGAUUUCAGCAGAGGAUCUGAUCGACCUGUGUGAGCUGACCGGCACAGGCCAUUUUAAAACGCCCACCAAGAAAACAAAAUCCAGUAAACCCAAGCUGCUGGUGGUUGAUAUCCGAAACACCGAAGAUUUUAAUCGAGGCCACAUUUCAGGUAGCAUCAGUAUUCCCUUCAACUCUGCGUUCACCACGGAAGGGGAGCUCUCCCAGGGCCCUUCCACCACCAUGCUCCAGAAUUUCAAAGGGAAAGUUAUUGUCAUUGUGGGAAAUGUGGCAAAACAUACGGCUGAGUUUGCAGCUCAUCUGGUGAAGGUCAGAUAUCCGAGGGUCUGUAUCCUAGAUGGAGGCAUUAACAAGAUUAAGCCAACGGGCCUGCUUACUGUCCCAUCACCACAAAUAUGAAGAGUUAUAGAUGUCAAGAGAGUCUCCAUGUCAAGUGAUAAAGUAAUGCCAGCAGCGUGUGUGUCUACCAUGACAGAUCUCUAAGGGUUAUCACUCAGAAACAAUGCCAGCGAUCCGCAUGGUAUUACUGCCCUGAGAUACUGUCAUGCAGAAUGUUUUUUUUUUUAAUUGUAUGUUCAUCUGUCAACACACUUGACUGUACAGGUAUCUCGGAAGGAAUUUUAUUAGCAGUGAAAUCUGAUCAUGGAUUUUUACAGUGUUACCACAAAAUGCUAGAGGAAUUCAACUGAUAACAGCUAAAAUCAGCACUGUCCAGGAAAUCUAGCCUGACACUGAUCUCACCUCUCCUUGACAAAUGGUCUUAAAGGCAUUAUUUUGUAAAUACAAGGGUUAAGGGACAGGCCAACGACAUACUGUCCCUGUGUUUAUGAUAAUUUGGAAAUUGUUCCCAGUUCAUUCUUUGUAAAUAAAAUCUGCGUUUUGUGAUCAAAAAUUAA